GGCACAAACAUUGUACUCUUAAUUUGCAUGCGUACCUACCUACAGUGCCCGCAAUUGCCCGAACGUAGUAGAGAAAUCAGUUUGGUCUCAAGCGUUCCAUAAUAGUCCAGAUACCAAUAAUAAUAACUUAUUAUGUCGCUCAAAAUAAUGUGGUUGUGUUUAGGUGCAUUUAGUGUUAUAUCAGCUCAAGAUCCUGUAGCAAAUUUGCCUAUGGGCCGAAUCGUAGGGAUUAAGGUAUUUACUGAAAAUUCACUUAUCCCCAUUGAAGUGUUUUUUGGAAUACCCUAUGCGCUGCCGCCGAUUGGAAGAUUAAGAUUUUCUCCUCCAGAAAAACAUCCAGGAUGGAAAAGAACUUUGUUUGCCCAUCGUAUGCCACCACGCUGUCCGCACCCUAGCAAUGAUACUCAAAACUUUAACGAAGACUGCCUCUAUCUUAACAUAUGGACUCCUCGGCGGGUGGAUGGAAAAUUGCUACCAGUCAUGGUUGUAUUAUAUAGUGAAUCUUGGAACAAGGGCGGAAUAACUCUACCUUGUCAGGAUUUAGCUUCAGACGGGCUCGUGGUCGUUACUGUGGCAUUCAGACUUAGCGUAUUUGGUUUUUUUACUUUAAAAUCAAUUUUGGCUAGGGGAAACCUUGCUCUGCUUGAUCAAUAUCUAGCUAUAGUUUGGGUAAGGGAAAACAUUGCUGCAUUCGGCGGAGAUCCUAAUUUAAUUACAUUAGUUGGCCAUUCAAGCGGAGCAGACAGCGUUCUUUUACAUUUAGCAUCACCACGAACAACAGGUCUAUUCCAACGAGCUAUAAUAAUGUCUCCGAAAAAUAUUUGGAAAUCAAUUGAAAAAGAUAAAAAUUCUCCGACGCAGAAGAUCGUUCAUUUAUCAGAAUCCAUAACAGAAUCACUGGGUUGUUUAAAAGAAACAAUUCAGAAAACUUUACAGUGCUUAAGAUCCCGUUCCGUGGCUGAUUUCUUGGGACAAUACACGAAUAUUUGGACCGACUUAUUUGAGCCAAUUCCUGAUGACUUUCUACCAGAAUCUGAACAAUAUUUACCAAAAUCACUGGCAACAUCCUUUUCAUCAACCAGCUCCAAAAAGAUUAAUCUUGAUGUGUUAAUGGGAACUACUAAUCUAGAGGCCAUUGAUUUAGAAAAAUUCAAAAAUUCUUUAAGAGACGGUCCUAAAACAAGAGAGCUUAAUAAUAUAACCAGUAUUAUAUCUGAAACCUUACAUUUUCUUUCACUUGAUCGCCCAGAAAACGAAUUUAUUCUUUCGCAGGCAAUCUUCUGGGAAUUUUUAGGAUUUAAAACUCGCAAAGAAAGCGAACAGGAUGUUAUUGGAAUCUUAGAAGAUGUAGGUAGAAUGGAAACAUCUGCAAAAUGGGGAGCAGGGUCUGCUUUGUUGGCGGCAAAGUUUGCACGAAAAGUAUCUCGAUUGUAUGUGUACCGUUUCUUGCAACCUAACUAUGUGGACUUGCAUGGCUUCCAACUGAAUUUUACAGGUGCUACAAACGGUGCCGAGUUAUUUGCAUUGUUGGGAGACGCUCUCAUGCUCCAAGCAGCACGACGUCCGUUUUCACAGACCGAAAAAAGAAUAUCAUUGAGAUUUCGAAGCUUUAUUUCAAAUUUUGCCAAAUUUGGAUCUCCGGAUAAUGAAAGAGAAUGGCCACGAUAUAUGGUGGGUGAUUCGUAUAUACAUGAGAUUUGCGACGUGAAUGUUAUUUGUAAUCAAUUUAAGACGGGUAGGGAAAUUGCGUUUUGGCUACAGUACUUACCACGUCUUUCAAAUACACUUUCAAUCAAAGGACAAGCAGAAAAAAUAACAUCCUCAGAUGAUGGGAAUCAACUUAGAGGUGGAGUUUUUGCAAUGUGCGGAUUUUCAGUUAUUUUAUUAUUACUCCUGGCUGCCAGUGUUAUCAUGUUGUAUAAAAAACGAAAUAUUCGACCAUUGGAUUUUGAUACUGAAAUAGUUCAUAAAAAUGACAAAAAUAUAAAUUAGAAUAUGAUUUCCAUACUUAAUUGUUUUUCUUGUUUUUAAGUAUUUGAAACAUAUGAUCUGUUAUUUUUACUUGCAUUUGAAUUAAAUAUUUAUUUGAAAA